UCAUUCUAGCCAUGAUUUAUAUGACUUCAAAGAGAGUCCUGAGUGUCUGUGGGGUUGUAAUGGUCAUUGUAGAGUAAAAGGAACUUGUUCAGACACUUAAGACUUUGGGCCAAUACUGUCAAUGACUUCAUACCAUUUCAUCUUCUUUCCACUUCUAUGGAUUACCCAGAGCAAUAAUGAUAAUUCUAGCCAGCUCUUGAUGCUUCUCUCUACAGUCAGGGGAAGGUCAGCUAUUUUUUGAUCCCCAUGGGAGACAGCUCCUCAAUCAGUAUCCUAAAAUAGCCAGCCAUUCUCAGCUGCUGGGCUGGAGUCCCUCCAGGGGAGAGCAAAGGGGAGUACAGAUCCUCCAGCUAGGAGUGAGUGAGAAGCCAUUAACACAUGAGCUAAGAGAGGCUUCUCAAGAAGAUUCCACUUGCUCAAAACUUUUUAUUUUUAUUUUUUGGUUGAAAAGCUGGGUGUCUGCUAUUUUUAAAUUCUUAUUUUAUUUAAAGGGAAACCAGUGACUUGAAAAUGAGACUAAAUAUCGCCAUCUUCUUUGGGGCUCUCUUUGGUGCUUUGGGGGUUUUACUCUUUUUGGUGGCUUUUGGAUCGGAUUAUUGGCUACUUGCGACUGAAGUGGGGAAGUGUUCAGGUGAACAGAAUAUAGAGAAUGUCACUUUCCACCAUGAAGGCUUCUUCUGGAGGUGUUGGUUUAAUGGGAUCGUGGAAGGGAACGAUUCCAAUAUCUGGAAAUUCUGGUACACCAACCAGCCACCGUCCAAGAACUGCACGCACGCCUACCUGUCGCCAUAUCCCUUCAUGAGAGGCGAGCACAAUUCUACCUCCUAUGACUCUGCAGUUAUUUACCGUGGUUUCUGGGCAGUCCUGAUGCUUCUGGGGGUAGUCGCUGUGGUGACCGCGAGCUUUUUGAUUAUCUGUGCAGCCCCCUUCGCCAGCCAUUUCCUCUACAAAGCCGGUGGAGGCUCAUAUAUUGCUGCAGGCAUCCUGUUUUCUCUGGUGGUGAUGCUGUAUGUCAUCUGGGUCCAGGCGGUGGCUGACAUGGAAAGCUACAAAAACAUGAAAAUGAGAGACUGCGUGGAUUUCACCCCUUCUGUUCUGUAUGGCUGGUCAUUUUUCCUGGCCCCAGCGGGGAUAUUUUUUUCUUUGCUAGCUGGGUUACUAUUUCUAGUUGUUGGCCGGCAUAUUCAGAUACAUCACUAAUCCAACUGUUGCCACCAGUGCUUUCUCGGGGGAUUUUAAAACGGAGCGUAUAUUCUUUCGUUUUGUUUUAGUCAUCCCAGGGUCAAAUUAGUUGAUCUAACUUUUUAGCUGAUAUUUGAAUUAACCAUUUUACUUGCAAUUUCCUCUAAUAAGGUCCUAGAAACUCUCCAGACACCAACAUGCUUCCAUCUUCUCUAAGUGCUAUCAAGAACCUAGUUCUCUAGGGAGCAGGUAACAGGGGCCUCUGUUUCAUUGUACUUGGUGGAGUUCAUGUAGGUUGCAAAGGCCUGGUGAUCGCAUAAUACCAUCACCCGGGGCCAAUCAAGAUUUGAUUUAAAGCCUCCUUGGCGUUCACUUCUGUUGCUCUUAAAAAAAAAUCUUUGGACAAUAAUUAAGAAUAGAAAACAAAUGUUUUCAGAGAAUUUACUCCAUGUCUUCUCUACACACAUACAUAUCCACAUACACACUCACUGACACCUGUGGGCAAAUUAUUCAUUAUUUAAAAAUAGAGAGCAGUUGUUCUGGUAGCAGGAGCCAUGCAAACUCAUUAGUUAAAAUGGGCCACAACAAAAGUGAGAACGUGUACUUAUUCCACUUUCUAACCAACAGUCAUUUGGCUACCUGAUUUUAUUCAUUUAAUUGUGCAUGCUUACACAAACUUUAAACUAUAUUUGAAAGGGCAAAUCUGUAUACCAAAUUACCUAUAAUGCAGAUAGGAUUUUUAUGAACUUAAAGUGGGUUACUUGUAUAUGUAAUAUGGUUGAAAAUAUGUAAAAACCAGGCACCUUAGUUUAGUACAUAAUUCUAUUUGGUAUUUUAAAAUUCACAUUUAAAAUUAUAUUGUUGGGGGCCGGCCCCGUGGCGUAGCGGUUAAGUGUACGCAUCCUGCUGCUGGUGGCCCAGGUUCGGAUCCCGGGCUCACACUGACGCACCGCUUGUCAGGCCAUGCUGUGGCGGUGUCCCACAUAAAGUGGAGGAAGAUGGGCAGGGAUGUUAGCUCAGGGCCAGUCUUCCUCAGCAAAAAGAGGAGGAUUGGCAUGGAUGUUAGCUCAGGGCUGAUCUUCCUCAAAAAUAAAAUAAAAUUAAAUUAAAUUAAAAUAAAAUAAGAUAGUUAAUAUGUUCAGCAUGUGAAAAUUUAUUGAUGAAAUGUGCUUUUAAUAUGCAUUAGCUAUAAACUUUCAAAAUACUUCCAUGUGAGGAUGAUAAUAUCCUUGCUUUAUUAAAGACUAUGAAAUAAUUAACUUUUCCCAAGAUUUCAUGGGUUGUAGUUCUUCUGAUCAUUUGAUUCUCUUAAUUAUUGUCCCUCAAUUUUUUCAUCUUUACAAUAGGAAUAUUAACAUUUACAGAUCUGCUAUUUCCUUUAACCUCUUGGAAGUAAACUUUUUGCAGGUGGGGGUGAGCAAGGGGACUGGGGGUGAUAAUUCUUUAUUAUUUACUAGUGUAGACAUUUUGCAUAUCAAAGAUGUUUGUUUGGCACUAAUUUUGAUUGAAAUCAAAUCCAUCUGAGAAGCCUAGGUUGUAUUUGCAUUUUGGAAGCCUCCACCAAGGAGGAGUUUGGUGUUAGUGAAGGAACAGAGAACCCGCGUGGGAAGGGAGCUUUGUUCCAGUGGCAGCAUUUUACUCUGCAGCUGUUGUGAAUACCAAAGACAGGACUCAGAGGCAAAUUAAGAGUGACCACAUAGAAGAUGCUGUGAGACAGAGGGACUGUUGCUUUCCAUCAAGUUGUUCCUGUGAUGGAGAGAUUGCCCAAGUAUUCUCUACACAGCCCAUGCUUUCCAUUAAACCUUAUUUCAGUGGGGGAGAGUAGCAAAGGUAUGAGGUAUCUACAGAAUAAUGAGGGCAUUGUAGUGUUAGAUGACAGGACUUGCAUGUAAUAAUUAAAAGAAAAGACACAAAGCUUCAGGAGUGUAACUGGUUUCUCAAGCCAUUUCAAUAAUAUCGAAAAUGAUUUUGUGAUACUUUCCUUUGUCUUUUUCUGUUUCAUUUUUAUAUUGCUUCAUUUAUUCCUUUGUUUUUGGCUUGAUUAUUAGAAAAAUAAUUAUGGGUUCUGUUAUGCAUAUUAACUGUGAUAUUAAGUUGUGGCAUGCCAUUAAGUUUUUCCAGACGAUGCUAGAUGUAUUUGAUUAGUUCAUGUCAUCUGUAAAUACAAUUCCUUUUUGUAGAAUUUUGGAAUAGAGCCUUUAUCUGAUGUAUUAUAUGUCAUUUAAAUUUCACAUACAAGCUGCUUUCAGUAAAGGUUUGAAUAUUUAUAAAUUUCAGAUGGUUAUCCUCACUUUCUAAUACAUUUAUGCGGCUACCAUAUAUUUAUCAUAAGGCAAUUGGCUGAAUAUCUGAUGUGUAUGACACUUUUACACAGAUCCACACUUUAGAAGUAUUUCAUAGUAGUAAGGCAUCAAUCACAUUAAUUCAAACACGUUUCCUGAU